GUUAUUUAAAAAAAAAUGCCUACUAAUUCUUUAGUUUUCUCGCUGAAGAAAGAGCAAUAAUGGGGAUAUUCUCAAAUGGAAAGUGCAUCUCUGCGGCCAAUUUGUUUAGUAAAACCGCUGUUGUAACUGGCGCUAACAGUGGGAUCGGAUAUGAAACUGCCAAGGAUUUUGUCAAAAGAGGGGCGAAAGUUAUCAUGGCAAACAGAAACGUGGAACUUUCCGAGAGAGCGGCGGAAAAACUGCGCCAAGAAGUGCCCAAUUGCAACGUGCGUGUUGUUCAGCUCAACUUGGCCUCGCUUCACUCGGUGAAAAAAUGCGCCGAGGAAUUAUUGAGGAGCGAGCCAAAAAUUAAUCUGCUCAUCAACAACGCUGGCGUAAUGAUGUGCCCGUACAUGACAACAGAGGAUGGAUAUGAAAUGCAAUUCCAGACCAAUCACUUGGGCCACUUUUUGUUCACGACGCUUCUGUUGCCGCGGAUCAAAGAAAGCGCUCCUGCGCGAAUUAUAAACGUUUCCAGUACAGCUCAUUUGUUUGGCAAGAUCAACUUUAAUGACUUGCAGUCCGAAAAGUCUUACAAUCCAACAAAAGCUUACGGACAGAGCAAACUUUGCAACAUUCUCUUCACAUCAGAGUUAACCGAAGUACUUAAAGGAACCAGAGUUGUUGCAUACGCCGUGCACCCUGGUGUGGUAUCAACGGAAUUGGGUCGGCAUUUAAGGGGAUCAGAUCAAUUAAGGCUGUUGAGCAAAAUCAGCAAAAUGAUCUGGACUAAGAAAACACCCCUUGAAGGCGCUCAGACCACCCUUCACUGCGCCCUAGAUGAGCGGUUGGCCACUCAAUCAGGACUCUACUUCAGCGAUUGCCAGCCUGGAAUGAUGAGCCGACGCGCAACAAACAAGGGUGACGCAAAGAAAUUGUGGGAAGUCAGCGAAAGAUUGAUCAAAGAGGCCCUUGAUUGAGUUUUUCACAUUUUCUGCUACAUGUUCUUAGCUAAACAGAAUUGUCUUCAGGUGUGACUAGAAUUUUAAAUGACUGUAAAAUCAGCACAGGCCUCCUUAAAACAAGUAACAAAGGCGAUGUAAAAUAUUGUCAAAUUGAGUCAUCUUUGAACCAGCAAAGUCUGAAAACUGUAAAUUUAAGUGUAAUUUAUGCUAUUUCUGUGCACCACAAAUUUUGUGAUAAAUAAUUGUGUAAUGUUUUUUUUAAAGUUCAUAAGAAACG